GCAAAACAAACCCCACAGCCAGUUUUAAAAGAGCAGCCUGGUUGAUGUGAACGGCUUAUGCUUAGAUAUUUCGUAAGGAAAAGGUGUGUUCAUCUAUGUCUAAAGCCAUAUUUUUCAAUUCUGUCAUCGGGAGAUAUUUUUUAAGUAAAUAUUUAAGAGAUAUUUUUCCGACAUGCAGCAGAGUUCGACCUCGCGCUGGCAGCAUCUGUCCCCGUCAAAUCACACCGAUUCCGGGAGGCUACGACGAGUUGGCACGAAGAUGAAUGAGAUUGGUCAGCAUAUGGACAUGAGUCACAAGCAAGCCUGCAUCGACUUGGAGAAGGCCACCCAAUGCAUCACACUAGCAUUACAGCAUGAAGUGGUUAAGAACCAGGAGCUUUGCAUGUUGAUUCGUCGUUUGGAAGAGAAGGAGGCAGAGACUGGGCGGAGCCUAACAGAGCAGGUGGAGUCAAACAAGCAGCUGCAGCUGAAGAUCGAUGAACUGCAGAAACACCUGGAGGAGACACACAACUCACUGACACAGGCCAACCAGACUGUGACUUUUCUGAAGAAUGAGCUAAGGGACCUGCAUCAACAUCUGCAAAGCCAGCAAAGUAAUAGGACGGUUCAGGAAGUGAAUAAGUGGCCACAGGGUGGAGAAAGCCAGAUCAAGCAGCAAAUCAGGAGUCCCAGUCCUCCUGUCCAAUCAGAUCAGCUGACGGCAGCUGAGGAGCCAAUGGUCUGGACAGAACAGCUGGUCUCGCCUGAUGGUCAGAUUCCACCGCUCUCUCCUAGCGACCAGAGGCUGCUGGAGAGUUCAGUCUCUGGGAUUAAAGAAGAGAAUGCUGUUCAUGGAUAUGAGGAGUGCAGACAGUAUGAGAGAGCUGACCUUAGAACAGAGUAUACCGUCCCUUCAGCUGCAGACAUUAAAUUUGAACAGAUCCAGACGCCGAUGGUCUCGUCUGACGGUCAGAGGCUGCUGGAGGCGCCAGUCUCUGAAUAUGAAGGUGAUGAAGAAGGUGAUGAAGAUGGUGAAGAAGAUGAUGAUGAAGAUGAUGAUGAUGAGUAUGGAGAAUACAGUCAUUCAGGAAAAGGAUCAUCUCCCUCCCCUUCAAACAAGCACACAAGGAAGAGGCCAUACUGCUGUUCUCAGUGUGGGAAGAGUUUCACUUUCAGUCAUCAUCUCAAAGCUCACCUCCGUAUUCACACAGGAGUGAGACCAUACCAAUGCACUCAGUGUGGCAAGAGGUUCACUCUACGUAAGCAUCUCGAUGAUCACAAGCGCACUCACACAGGAGAGAAGCCGUAUCACUGUACCCAAUGUGGCAAGAGCUUCACUCAAAAGGGAAACCUUAAACUGCACCAGCGCACUCACACAGGAGAGAGGCCAUACCAAUGCACUCAGUGUGGCAAGACUUUCAAUGAUAGGGCCACUUUCAAACGACAUCAACUCAUUCACACAGGAGAGAGGCCGUACCAAUGCACUCAGUGUGGGAAGAGUUUCAUUCAAAAGACAGAUCUCAAAGUACAUCAGCGCAUUCACACAGGAGAGAGGCCGUACCAAUGUACUCAAUGUGGGAAGAGCUUCACUCAAAAGGGAUCUCUCAAAGUACAUCAGCGAAUUCACACAGGAGAGAGGCCGUACCAAUGUAAUCAAUGUGGGAAGGGUUUCUACCAAAACAGUAAUCUCAAAGUACAUCUGCGCACUCACACAUGAGAUACCAUACAAGUGCACUCAGUGUAGCUAGUGUCACUCAAUCAUGUACACUCAAAUGACACCAGCUAAGUCACAAGGGCCGCCAUACUGUACUCCGUGUUUCACUUGAGAGGUCAAACUCAAGCAACACCACCUCACACAAGAGAGUAGCAUGUUUGUUAGGCUGGAGUUUAAUUCAAGAGGUCAAACCAACCUCACACAGGAGAGAAGCAUGUUUGUUAGGCUGGAGUUUCAUUCAAGAGGUCAAACCUGUGUUGCAUUUUACAUUAGUAUCUUGAGUGCUCUAACUAAUGUUUAUUUCUUAGUCAAUGCUGCUUACAGUAGUGAUGGGCAAAUGAAGCUUUGGUGAACCACUGAACCACAGCAGUGUGAACCUAGCGAUACUAGCUGAAAAGCAAAAA